AACUCCUGUAAUACCUCAGCUUAACAAACCAACAUCCUCCUUUUCUUUUUUUCUAUUUAAACCCUCCCUCGUUUUUCUUUCCCCUUCAUCAUCUGCGAUUUCCCUCAUCAACACUUUAAUCAUUCAAUUCCUAAUAUCGUCAUUUUCUCUCCAUUAUCUAAGGGCUAGGGUUCGGAUUCCUCGCUAGCUAAUUCUUGACGCUUUUCGCUCAAUCUUUCUGAUUCAAGAUGCAAAUCUUUGUGAAGACACUUACAGGGAAAACAAUCACUCUAGAAGUAGAGAGUUCUGAUACAAUUGACAAUGUUAAGACCAAGAUCCAAGACAAAGAAGGGAUUCCUCCAGAUCAACAGAGGCUAAUCUUUGCUGGUAAACAACUCGAGGAUGGAAGAACCCUUGCAGAUUACAACAUUCAAAAGGAAUCAACUCUCCAUUUAGUUCUUCGUCUAAGGGGUGGGAUGCAGAUCUUUGUUAAGACCCUUACUGGUAAGACCAUUACUCUUGAGGUUGAAACUUCUGACACGAUUGAAAAUGUUAAGACCAAGAUUCACGAUAAAGAAGGUAUUGCACCUGAUCAACAAAGACUCAUCUUUGCUGGGAAACAGUUAGAGGAUGGUAGAACUCUUGCAGACUAUAAUAUUCAAAAGGAGUCUACUCUGCAUUUGGUACUUCGUUUGAGAGGUGGGAUGCAAAUCUUUGUGAAGACACUUACUGGAAAGACGAUUACUUUGGAAGUGGAAAGUUCAGAUACAAUUGAUAAUGUUAAGACUAAGAUUCAGGAUAAAGAGGGUAUCCCACCAGAUCAGCAGAGGAUUAUCUUUGCUGGGAAGCAAUUGGAGGAUGGGAGAACUUUGGCAGAUUAUAAUAUUCAGAAGGAGUCUACUCUUCAUCUUGUUCUUCGUCUGCGUGGGGGUUAAUGCUUGAAGUUUCUAGAUUCUGGAAUUAUUGUGUGGUUCAAUAUUACUGUGGGUGUCUAUCUAGUGGUGUUAUGUGUGGGUUUUAUAAGUCUGUUGUUAGUAUGUAGUGUGGUGUGUUAUGAUGGGAAUGGUAACUGGUGAGUGGUGUUGGUAUAAGAAUGUGGUGAUAUAAUCUCUAGAGUAUGUAAAUCUGGUUACUUUCUUAUAAAAUAAUUCCUAACUUUCUUAUAAGAGUGUGAAUUUUAAAACCAUACAAAGUAUGUUUCUGUCUGUUUUAAAUGAUGAUAUUGGUGAGUUCGCUUACAAUGUUUGAUAUCUGUCGUGAACUUGUAAUAAAAGACAUUGAUUGUGCAUU